UAAACUCAACUGGUCUUUUAAAUCGUUAAAUCAUCAUAUGCCUUGUUUUUAUAUCUACUGUUUGCCAAAAACUGAAUUUAAUUUUAUAUGAUUUGCUUUUCAUAAAAACAUUCAGCGUUAAAAUCUGCUCAGUUUUGAAUUUUGAAUACUUAUCCAAAAAACGCCUUACUUUGAUCAGACUUUUGAAAAGGAUUGGAAACAGGGCUUUGAUUUUCCUCAAGCAAUAAGAAACCAUAAAGAGAGUGAAAUUGAAGAUGGGUGACAAUGGUGAAGGACAGUUCUCGGUGCUGAGACGCAUCAGCGCCUGUUGUGGGGUUAUGGGGCAGCUGUGCUUCUUCUGCUUCGCCUUCUUCUUCUACUGGCCAGCCAUGUGGUACGCGGACUUGAGGAAUAACUGGGCAAUUGAGCGUGAGUACGUGGGAGGAGUAUACACCAUGUGUUACAGAGAGAAAGGCAAAGAAGACUGGCACUGCCACUCUCUGGACCAGAGCGACGUAGAGACAAUGGAUCACAAGUGGGGUCACUACGUGGCCAUAAAAACGAUGGUUCAUUUCGCCGAAACAGCCGCACUGAUCUCAUUAAUACUCUUCUACGUGCAUCUAUGCGUCAGGAACAAGGCUGUGGCCAUCUGCUGUCUAGUCUUCACCACUCUCCAGAUGAUCUUCACCCUCUGCUCCGUCUCAGUCGCCUCCUUCACCUUCGACCCGGUGACCAUUCAGACCACUGACCUGCUCAUAAACCUGACAUACAAGGACGAAGAAGCCCAGGUUGCCUACAGUUUGAGCCUAGUGUGGAUGUCGUGGCUGGCAUCUCUGGGAUGUCUAGUUGUCUCAGGAGCUGUGACCUUCUUCGUUUUCAAAGACAAACCAGAGGAGAAGAAAUCCGAAAUUCAGAUCAAAAUGAAAUUUCUAACUAAAACAUUUUCUUUUAGGUAAAACAAAAAAUACUGAAGAUAUCUUUUGUACAAAAUGCAUGUAAGAUUUCAUCGUUGUCUGUUCUGUAAAUUAAUUAAUAGAAGAAAUUGUAUAUAUUUUAGCCAUGAACAAUGGAAGAUAGCCAUGAAAAACCCAUGAUAGCUUCUAUAACUAGAAGAAAUCCAAGAUUUGAGAUUGAAUUAUUUUACCAGCUACAGACAGGAAAUAAAAGCAAGGAU